CAUUACUAAAAUAAGUUCUACAUUUAGAAGUUUAUAUACGUCUUCACUAGUGAAAGGAGAGUUGGUAAGUAUUCUUCUAUCAUAAUCACGGAUGGCUUGGUGGGUGACGUCACAGACUAGGUAGUAUACACAACACACAGCUGUAGGGCGAGUCGCAAAUGCGCUCGUAUUUUUUUUCAGACAAAAAAAAUAUGUAAACAAAACUCUAAACUCAAAACACAAGGGCACAAUGAUCCUGAUAUAACAAGUACCGUGCUGCUGCAACUCCAGUACAUGUAGCAAUUGUUUGUCCUUAUACUUCGGUUUCCUGACAACCCUUUCUCCUGUCCAACACCAAAAAAACCCACAAACAAACAAACAAAACAACAUUCCUGUUAAUUGUCAAAGGAUAGUGUUAAACCACUGACAAUACAACUACACACGUAACUUUAUGGUUGUAUGUUGUAUUGUAUCUUUUUAAAAUAAGAGAAACGGAUACACAUAAUUAUAGAUAAUAUAGUUAUAUUAGGCUAGUAUUUAUUCUCUACUAAAUGUAUGUUUUACUGUAAUGAUUAGCAUAACAAACAUACUGUAUCUGGUUAUUAAACAGAUAAGAAUAUACAGAGGCGUUUCUCUUUCAAUUGGACUUUUUAAGGAUCAAUUCAAUCAGCAGCCUUUCCUGGUGUUCUUUUUGUUGUCAUGGUGCUUAGCAACCAGAACGCGUCUCCUGAUUUUCACUGUGCUUUCGUUUUGUGUUUCUCUUCCUGUCACAAAAGCUUUCCAAAACAAUUAUUUUAAAGAUGAACAUUUAGCUGACGAAUGGCUGUCAAUUCACACGCGUGUGCAGAUUACAACUCAGGUGAGGUAACAGAGGCACCGGCAUUGUUCGUCUCUAAACGUAGUUUAGAGAGGUUACAACAACAUGUUUUUUAAUCAACUGUAGUUAAAUGACGAUAUCUUGAAACCGCAGUUUUGUGUAUAGCUAAGAUAUCUGAAACCAGCAGUCCACGUCUGAAGCAGAAUGAAAGGAAUGUGGAAACUUGACAACUUCAUUGCUUUUCACAGAAGAAUUUUAAAAGAAAGCCCAGUUUAAAAAGAGACUUCAAACUGCAAUGGACGAACUAGAUGGCAAGAAGCGCUGGGAUCCUUAUGAAACUACAAAUAACCGUGACUAUGUUUACAGACCAAAUCCUGCAACAGAAGCUGUUCGCCCCAUGUCUUCAAAUGCAUAUACCUUCCCAUAUGAACUGAGUGGCCCUGUUGGUGCUAACAGAUACAGUGAGGACUUCUGUUGGCAGCCGUAUUCAAAACCUGAACGCAUACAAAGUGGGUCCUGUAUGGGAAGUAAGAGAGACAAUCCUAAACCCCUACUGGAUUGGAGGGUGCACAGAGGAGAGAAACAGAAAUCGUUAGUUUGCAAGUCACCCUGGAAUAAACCUGUUUCUGAUGAAGAGAUAAGAAAAGCGUUGUCAGGACAGUACCACUCAACCUAUAGGGAGGACUAUUUGGGUUUACCUCCAGAUUUUCAAGGAAAACAAGUGCCUCCUAACUGGAAGAAGGAACUCUCUCACUUGCCUUUGACUGAGUUUAGAUACUGCUACCAACAUCCAAAGCAGAGUCCUGAACUUAAGAGCUCCACCUCCCGCUAUGGAAGCAAUGCAUCUCAUCCUUUUCCAGCUAAAGGAGUGGUUCCAAGUGUGACCCUCGCUCACAUCAUUAAUCAGGAGAGUAAGAAGCAGCUGACUACCAACCAGAGGAUGUUUGGAAACAAGAGCAUGGGCAUUUCAACAGCUCUGAACUCUUUGCAGCCUAGAGAACCUCAAGAAUUCCUUAUGACUGUUCCUGAGCAAGACAGAGCAGUGUUGCAAAGAUUUCCGAAAAACACUGCUGGCAGCCAAGCUAAGGAUGUUUCAGGAGGGUCACCAGCCGAGCCAGCAGAUCCAGUGUGGAUGUCAGGGCUGCCCGGUCCUGUGUAGCCUGCAGUACCUGGAAAAAGCAUUGAAUCAUAAUAAGAGCAGGAUAGAUAGCAUUUCUGAGUGUUGAGUAAGACCUCUGCAAUCAGUGCUGCAAAAAGUGUGAUUUGCAAUGCUCUUUUCCUUUGUGUGUCUGCCUUGAAUUGACAGAUACUGUCUAAAAAAAAGAAAAAAAAGAAAAUCAGUAAAACAGAAUUGUAUGUUGAUGAAAUGGAAGAUUUUAAAUGUUCUGCAUUUUAUGAUGGUAAAGAAACAACCAUAGAACUGUAUAUCAAUUAAGUUGCUGUUGGAGUAUGUUUUGUGAAAACUGUUAUCCAGCUCAUACCCAGCAUGACAAUUUUAAUAGACUUGAGGGAGGUCAGACAAAUUCUGGAAGUGGAGGGGGGGGGGGGUCCAACUUUUGAUUUUAAUUAGUAGGUGAUUGUUUACUUAUUCUGGUUUCAACAAUGUUUGUGGCUUGGAUCAUUUGUCUUCCUAUACUGGGUAAGGUAAAGUGACAAGAAUGAAAUGAGUUGAUAACAAAUACUGAGCAAUUUGUAUUUAAAUAAAAGGACUGUAAAGCAUAA